ACAGUCUUUUCAACUUCAACCUCAAUUGACCCUCUCGACUCCAAAUUCCGCCUGUCACAAUGGCUUCCAUCCUUCCUCGUGCCGGAUUCCGAGCAUUGACGGCCCUUCCCCGGGCGGCUGCCCUCCCCAGGGUCUCCCUCGCGUCCAAGCUUCCCCGCGUACAGCCUCUGGCGCAGCCUAUCGCUCGCCGUUUCGUCUCCAACAUUCCCCAAGAGCAGCCCCGACUGCGUCUCGGUUCCACCGCUCCGAACUUCAAGGCCCAGACCACCCAUGGCGAGAUCGAUUUCCACGAGUUCAUCGGCGACAACUGGGCUAUCCUCUUCUCCCACCCCGCCGACUUCACCCCCGUCUGCACCACCGAGCUGGGCGCUUUGCCAGGUUGAAGGGUGAAUUUGACCAGCGCGGUGUCAAGAUGAUUGGACUGAGUGCCGACAAGCUUGACUCCCACGGCGAAUGGGUGAAAGACAUCAACGAGGUCGGCAACACCACCGUGCAAUUCCCCAUCAUCGCCGAUCCCGACCGUAAAGUCGCUUUCCUCUAUGACAUGAUCGACCAGCGGGACCUUGACAACAUUGCCGAGAAGGGCAUUCCCUUCACCAUCCGCGCCGUUUUCAUCAUCGACCCCGCUAAGAAGAUCCGUCUGACUAUGCUCUACCCGGCCUCGACUGGCAGAAACUCCGCCGAGGUGCUGCGUGUCAUUGACGCUCUGCAGACUGCAGAUAAGAAGGGCAUCGCGACCCCCAUCGACUGGACGGUCGGAGAGGACGUGAUCGUGCCCCCCUCCGUGUCGACCGAGGAUGCGAGGAAGAAGUUCGGUGAGGUCCGUGAGCUGAAGCCUUACCUGCGUUACACCAAGGCUUAGAUGGGCUGUCCCUAUAUCAAAAGUUGUAUGAUAAACACUAUAAUAGAAUGAAAUGGCCUAACGUCAUGGUUUGAUGG